GAGAAUGAACAAUCUGUAACUGAUCCUAGGGUUUCGCAUAACGGGAAGAGAUCGGUUGAUGGGGAUGCUGCACGAGAAGCCCGUCCAACAUUGUCCACUGCGCGAUGAUGGAGAUGGAACAGGCACGGCGUGGACGGCGGAGAAGAGGCGCCGCAAGCACCCUCCGAACUCAUCAUCUUCCGAUGCUCCUGCUGCCACUGCCCAGGAUCAUCAAGGCCCGAUUUCUCCUACGACGGACAUGGAGGGCGUCAUCCAAGACCAAGGGCAAGAUCACGAGCUGCGGCUGGCGAGAUCAGACUCGGAACAGCACCAACAAGAAGAGAUUUGGGGGCCGGAAGUAGAAAUCAGCCCGGAGGAUGCCGCCAAUUACACCAAAUGUUUAUCUCCCGACGCUCCUCCUAUCUACACCCGCUCUAGCAUGACAGUUGAGGAAGGGGAGGAUUUGAAUUUGCGUCUUGCACGUUAUCGAAUCGCUUAUUACAAGAAUGUGGCGGAGCCAGAGUUGGCACGUGAGCUCAAGGAUCCACAAGAUUACUCUGUGGAGGAACUUCAGGAGAACGGGUACUUUUUACAUUUAGGGAGUCAUCCUAGUUUCGAGGGGUGCUUCCAUCCAAUCGAUACCUGGGUUGCUGAAUUGAAUGACUACCAACGGCUUCUUGUUUUCAACGGUUCGCGUGAUAGUUCUGACAGUCUAUACAUCUAUUGGGAGGACUACCACGCAUAUUAUCGUACGUAUGAAGUUGACGAUGCUUAUGUCAAGUUUUAUGAAGAGCUAUCAAGCAAAGUCAAGUGGAUUAAAGCGUAUGUGGAUCUGGAUAAAAAAUCUGAGAAGUGGAUAGAGAUGGGUACUAGAGCAGGGAGGCAAGCAAAGAGGAUUGCAUCACGCUUUACCAAUCUGAGUGCUAUUUUAGUUGGUAUGGCAUUCUAUGAGUAUAUAGCUGAGCUGCGUGAGGAUAAGGUCCUCGAGGACUGGUCUCUUUUCUACUUUGAGAUUUGGAAGCUUAAUGACUUGAAAAAGGGAAGUUUGAGAGAUGCCGUGCAGGAAGCAUAUGAAAUGGAGAAAUUUGGUUUAGAAGUUGAGGGAAUGGAGAGCAAGGAAAGGUCUAUUUCUUUCUUUGAACAGAAGUUUAGAUUCCUUACACGUGAGGUUGGCAUUACAGAGAAUACUGAACAGGGUGAAGCUUGGGAUCUGUUGAGAAAAAUAGUUUUCAAGAAGUUCAAACCAAAGAACAUGGCAAAGUACGCUCAAAAGAAGCUAGAGAUUGCAGCGCUAAUGAACAUGGCCCCGAGGCAGACUUGAGGUUCCAAGAUCAUGAAAGACUUGAGGUUCUAGAAUGAGUGUAGCCCAAUUCCGCUGUACUAAUUUACGUAUAUAUCCGUUGGAUUGGCUGUUUUUUAAUUGAGAAUUUGUGUUAUAGAUCCUUAAACUGGCGGGAUUGGUCAAAUAAGAAUAAGCUCACUUGUAGAAUUUUAUGCUAAGUUCAAAAUUAUUAUGGACAUCUUGGGAGCUGCCUCUUUGAAGAUCGAGCUUUAUGUAGCUCUCAAAAAAAGGGUAUUUACAAUUUUCAAAAAAAAAAUCUGAAAACAAAUCUAGAUGAACAUAAGGGUGUAUUCUACAAUCGUGUAAAAUCUGUGCUAAAUACCUGGACGAGUUCUGACAAAUUUUGAGAGUUUGAAAGCAUGCCGUGUUCACUACACUAAGAUCUUUUUUUUUUUUUGUAGCCUAACGUAUAAGGUAUUUCGGAUUGAUAUGUUACACUUUUAGGAUACAUCUCCCGAUACAUCAAGAUUUAACUUUCAGAUUCUUUUUAAACUUCAAAACAUGGCUUUCAAUUCCUCCUAAAAACGAGCUACAUGAAGCUUGAGCUCCAAAAGUCCACACUACGACCACAACACACUAUCCAGCAGUCACCCCUCAAACACAACACAUAUGACUAUCCUCAACCAUUUUUUAUCCUUUCAACCAAUCACAAACUUAGCUGAUGCAUUAUGCAACCCAUCAAGUUAUCCGAAUGCGCUUCUUUGUCAAACUUUACAUCGUCAAGCUAAGUCUUAAUAAUUAGGCCUCCUCAUUGACGAUAGGAAUCCACCGUCCAGAGUCAAUCUUCCUUCUAACAAGGAAACCAGCCAAAAUA